AUGGUGGUUAAAGGAAGCAGUUACACAGAGCUUAUAGAUCAGUUCAGAGACAGACUGCAGUGGAACAGUACAACUGGACUCUUCACCAUCACACAGCUGAGAGCAGAGGAUUCUGGGGAAUAUAAAGUGGACAGUAAAGAUGGACAGAAGAAACUUGUUACAUUCCAGCUGCAAGUCUAUGAGCGAGUGUCCACUCCCACAGUGACAGUAACAGCAGUGAGGAGACUGAACUGCUCAGUGCUGUGCUCUGUGGAGAACGGGAGAGAGGUCACCCUGUCCUGGCAGAGAGAGGGGGUGACACUGUCCCACACCAGCAGCCCUGAUCUCAACACCAACCUGUCUCUCCCUCUGGAGAUUGGAGGUCCCAAACAUACAUACUACUGUGAGGUGAAGAACCCAGUCAGCUCACAGCGCCACCUGCUGGACAUACCAGAAAACUGCACUAGCUCAGGUGAGACACAGGAGGACGACACUGCCAGACACAGGAGUUACAUCAUCCCUAUAGCUGCAGGCUGCUCAUUGGCCGGCAUCUUGGCUGUGGCUGGACUCACACUGCAUGUGAAGAGAGGAAGACGCCAACAUACAGAAGAUACAGGCUCAUCUGACGUUCAGUACGCAGUGAUAAAUCACAGUAACCAGACAGAGACACAGCAACGGAAUCUACCAGAACUGGAUACCAGUGCACAAAACUCAAAACUAACCACUGUGUAUGACGAACUCCGACCCCGAGAGGAGACACCUGCGACUGGGCGGGGCUGAGAGAGAACAGAAAGAGAGAAAGAGAAAGAGAGAGCGAUAGACCAGAGACUGAAGGACAGAAAGAGGGGAGCUAUGUCCGCUGGUACAGGUCUCUGUUCAUCCUGCGUUACAGGUGUGUGGGAGAACUCACCUGCAGCCCCAAGCCUCACUCUACAGGUCAAAGACACCAGCGUUCUCUCCUGAAAGAGGAACUGAAGGAUUUAAAUAACUCUCACAUUGUGUUAACAAGGGACAAAAUCUGUUGUGGAAACAGCCUAUGGGACAGGUUAAUUACCUUUGGGACUGAUUUAGUGUGUGGCUUCAUAGAUACUGGACCUGUGGGAAAUGUUUGAAUAGAGCAUGUAGGGAAUAGGACCAUAGGUGUUCACCUAUUUCACCGUACAACACUUCAAUCAAAUAUUUAAAACCUCUAAAACCAAAAAUGUAUGAAGUUUGUUCCAUAAAU